CCCGUCACCUUAUCCACAUGGAUGCAAGGGUUACCUCUGCUUCUCUUAGCCGAGGGGAAAUCGCUCUCGUUUUAUAGUUGGAGCCCACUGACCGCGCGCAUUCGUCAGAAUGAGAUUUCACGAUGAACGCUCUCUCGUGGACCACCGCCUUCUGCCAGAGCGGCGGCGCCGGCAAUGCUCCUCAUCAUCGCCGGCUGUCUCAGCGCCGAUUCCAACCCAGAACCACUCCCUCUCGCCAUCGUCACCCUCUAAAACUGCACGUUCUGGAUGAGUCGAAAGAUGUGAAGGCAAGCACUGUUUUGAUGAAUGAAAGAUCAGAAUCUGAUAAGAUAGUUGAUGCAAUGGACUUCGGUGAACUGUGUAAUGAUUUUGAAUGCAUUAGUAGCCCUUCAGUGGAAGCUACGGCAAGACAACUUGCGCGUGAUAUUUUAGAGCUGCGAGAGGGAAACCGUUCAUUAGAAUAUUACUCUAUUUCUGUCAAGUACAAGGAUCCUAUUAGGACCUUCAUGGGACGUGAAAAGUACGAUAGACCCUUAUGGGCAACGGAGGCAUUAGAAGAUCCCUCAGUGACAGUUCAGGAGAUGCAGAUGUUGUCAACCAGUGAACUGAGCAUCAAAUGGCUAUUAAAAGGAAGGCCUAAGAAUCCUUUAUUUGCAGCUCUUGGGGGAGAUUUGGUUCUCUAUAUAAAUUCAAGAUUUACAUUGAACCAAAUAAGUGGUCAAGUGAUCGAGCAUGAUGAAUUUUGGGAUUUGUCUGCAUCGUCAGUGGUCGGUCGGAGUUACUUUUGGAUUUCGAGGAGGCUUUUCUCUACCAUUGAAGCAGGGAAAGAUACAAUUGAUGCUGUUAAGAGCAUGUCGGCUGGAAUCUCUUCAGAAAAGGAGAACAGUUUUCCAGACUUAUCUGGGGACCCAACAAAGUUUUUUCAAAGGGACGAUGGGUUACAAAGAGAUGCUUAUCAGAUUGCUUUGGUAUUAGCUGUCUUCUAUUUUAUUGUGCAGUUUCUUAGGGCAACUCUUUGACAGAAUAUCUCAUCUUACUUUUGUCUUUAGGCCCUCUCAACUCUGCAUA